AUGGACCUGUGCCACGUCCCUAAUGCCCAAGAAAAAGGCUGGUACCUUGCACUGAUGGCCCCCAACGUCAAGGGUCCCAACUAUGCUUGGCUGGACCCCUCCCGGCUCUACUGCCACCCGCAAGGCUUGCAGGACUGCUUGUCUGACCUGCUGCAGCCGUUCCAGGGGGACCCCAUUGACAUGGUGGCAGGCAUCGACGCCAUGGGCUUCAUCCUGGGUGCUGCUGCCGCUGCCAGACUACAAAAAGGCUUCCUGGCCAUCCGCAAAGCUGGGCACCUCUGCGUGCAGACACAGGCACAGCCUUACACCGACUACUCUGGCCGAGAGAAGGUGAUGGAGGUCCGCACCGAUGCCAUCUCACCAGGUCUGCGCAUCCUCCUCGUGGACCAGUGGGUUGAAACCGGGGGCACCAUGCGAGCAGCCAUCCAGCUGGUGGAGCAGCUGGGAGGGGUUGUGACAGGUGUCGCUGCCAUCUGCAUUGAGGACAGUGAGGGCGGGCAGUGGCUCCAGGAGCACUACAAGUGUGCCCACUGUGUGCCCCCACACCUGCAGCCCCGCUUCAACCACCACCAGCUUGACCAGGACUGGUGAGGGA